UACGUAUAUUUGAGCGUGGUUUCCCCAGCAUGGCAGUGCAGACGACAAUGAGACGACUUGCCAUUGUCUUCGCAACAGUGUUACUAGUCGCAGUUGGAAGCAUUGGCCUUGGCAAACUUGCUUUUACUGCACGAACGCCUUGGUCAUACAACAGCAGAUACUUCAAAAGAGUUGCUCUUAGCCAUGAUUUAGCUCUUCAAGUGGAUUUCGGAGAGCCAGUGUGGAUGCGAGUAGACCAAACAACACACUACCGCGCAGAUACGGAUGAGGGCGGAGAAGACUUUGCGAAACUCAUUCCGCGGGGAGGGCACACUGUGAACAUCACCGAUCCGGAGACGAGCGAAAGUCACAUAUACACGGUGACUCUGUUGCACCAGCUCAAGUGCCUGGGAAUCAUCCGGGACGACUACGCAGCAAAGCGGCCCCCAUCAUUGAUAACUCGUCACUGCAUGAAUUAUCUUCGCCAGUCGAUUUUGUGUCACCCCAAUAUGAGAAUCGAGCCGGCCGUGAAUAACUUUGGGUCUGCCGUCAGGGGAUACGAGACUGUUUGUCGUGACUGGACAAAAGUCUAUGAGGAGGUGGACAGACUGCAUGCGAUGUAGGAGGCAAUACUAUAUUAUAGAAACUCAUAUAUGUUCUAAAACCGUGGAGUAUGAAAUGAGGGUUGUUUCCUACUUCUACAUAUUGUAGGGACGGUGUGAUUUCCAAUAUGGCGUUGACGCCAUGUGAGCCAGAUGAUGCUUGACAUCGACCCCCGCUUCGCCUUCUUUAUCGCAGACUUCAGCAGGCGACUCAUAAGUGG